CCAUGGAUAUCUCCUACAGUUCGUCAGCGGCCCAAGUCAUUGAGAACACGUCGACCGGCGUUGAAGACACAUCUGUCGAGCGCCCUCGAACACCUGAACCAGUCCAGCGCUCACCACCAGAGUCAAGCAAUGACCGGAACCAGCAGCCUUCGCUACAAGAAAUCCUUCAAAUGACAUCUACCACAGUCAGCUUCAUAUCAACCAUCACAACACUCUUCAACGAGAAAGGGGAGCAGAAUUUGUGCUUCCGAGAAGAGCUCAGACGAAAAAACAUUCUCAUCGCGCUGAAUGCACACGCCUGGGCGAGUGCGAGGCUCGUGCACGAACACAAAGUCGCAGGAGACACGCUGGGAGCCGGCAUUCAGAAACUUUUGAAAGACGAAAAGAAUCAAGGCAGGUCAUCUCACCCCGUUUUCAGGUCGACGUUUGAUCGCAUACGCGCACAUUUGUCGGAGAUGUUUGAAGCCAUCAACAACACUGUCGCUAGCUUGACGGGGCUCAGUUGAGAUCGGGCGUCAUUGUUACUGUCCGAUAUGAUGCGCCGCCUGUGUCCGUCCUGUUACUAGUAGGUACCUUGUCAAUAGAUCUGCCCAAUUCGACCUGGUCUUGUUGUAUUGUUAUUGAAGGUCGCAGUUGAUGCACUAAUAUAUCGAUCUGAUGAUA